UAAAAUUCUAGAGGGAAUAGAAACGUCGAAGUAUUUUCUCGAUUGAACGUGUGAAUGUAAAGUAAAACGUUUUCAAUUUGCUCUGCAGGUGUUGCGGAGCAAAUAUCGUAGUUAAUAUCAUUUAGCGUGACUUAAAACAAUCAUAACGUCAUUGUUUUAUCUAUUUGUAGGUAUACAAAUAUAAUAAGUUCCAGUGUAUUACUAUUAACGCGUUCCUAUAACGGUUAUGUUUGCUUUCAUGUAAAGUCGAUAAAUUUGACUGAAAAAUGUCGAUUCCACCAUAUUUAUUGGGCCCAAACCCAUGGGCCACCAUGAUGGCCCAACAGCAGGCCCAUGCACAAUUAGCAGCGGCUCAGGCUCAUGCUCAAGCAGCUGUACACGCACAAGCUGCGCAUCAUGCUCACAUGCAAGCAAUAGCAGGACCACCGCUUCCACAAAUGCCGAAACAACCAGAAGUUUUAUCGGAAGACAAGUUACAAGAGAAAGCACAAAAGUGGCAACAACUUCAGUCAAAGAGAUUCGCGGAAAAGAGAAAAUUUGGAUUUGUGGAUGCACAGAAAGAAGAUAUGCCACCAGAACAUAUUAGAAAAAUUAUUAGAGAUCAUGGAGACAUGAGUAGCCGGAAAUAUAGACAUGAUAAACGUGUUUAUUUAGGAGCACUAAAAUAUAUGCCUCAUGCAGUUAUGAAGCUUUUAGAAAAUAUGCCCAUGCCCUGGGAGCAAAUUCGAGAUGUAAAGGUUCUGUAUCAUAUCACAGGUGCAAUCACGUUUGUAAAUGAAAUCCCAUGGGUUAUAGAACCUGUAUAUAUUGCUCAAUGGGGUACAAUGUGGAUUAUGAUGCGACGAGAAAAAAGAGAUCGUAGACAUUUCAAAAGAAUGAGAUUCCCACCAUUCGAUGACGAAGAACCUCCGCUAGAUUAUGCGGAUAACGUUUUGGAUGUAGAACCUUUAGAAGCUAUUCAGAUAGAACUUGAUUCAGAAGAAGACGAAUCUGUUGCAUCGUGGUUUUACGAACACAAACCACUUGUUGGUACUAAGCACGUAAACGGAUCAACUUAUCGAAGAUGGAAUUUAACUUUACCACAAAUGGCAACAUUAUACCGCUUGGCUAAUCAAUUGUUAACGGACUUAGUAGAUCAAAACUUCUUUUACCUGUUUGACCCAAAAUCAUUUUUCACCGCAAAGGCACUAAAUAUGGCUAUACCGGGUGGUCCAAAAUUUGAACCACUUGUGAAAGAUUCAAAUGCAGCCGACGAAGAUUGGAAUGAGUUUAACGAUAUAAAUAAAAUUAUUAUUAGACAGCCUAUAAGAACGGAAUAUCGUAUCGCAUUCCCAUAUUUAUAUAAUAACAUGCCACAUUUCGUGCAUUUAUCGUGGUACCAUGCACCAAACGUUGUUUACAUAAAAACAGAAGAUCCUGAUUUGCCUGCUUUCUACUUUGAUCCGUUAAUCAAUCCUAUUUCACAUAGGAACUCGUUAAAGACCGUGGAACCACAAAUAGAAGAUGACGAAGACUUCGUGCUCCCAGAAGAAGUACAACCAUUCCUCCAAGAAACUCCUCUGUACACUGACAAUACAGCAAACGGAAUCGCUUUACUGUGGGCUCCUAGACCCUUUAAUACUCGUUCCGGUAGAACUAGAAGAGCUAUCGAUAUUCCGUUAGUGAAGUCCUGGUACAGAGAACAUUGUCCACCCGGACAACCCGUUAAAGUUCGUGUCAGUUAUCAAAAAUUGUUAAAAUAUUUCGUGCUAAACGCCUUGAAGCACAGACCUCCAAAACCACAGAAGAAACGCUACUUAUUCCGAUCGUUCAAAUCAACGAAAUUUUUCCAAACUACUACAAUAGAUUGGGUCGAAGCUGGUCUACAAGUAUGCCGACAGGGAUACAAUAUGUUGAAUUUACUUAUUCAUAGAAAAAAUUUGAACUACCUUCAUUUGGAUUAUAAUUUCAACUUGAAGCCGGUCAAAACCCUUACGACAAAGGAGAGGAAAAAAUCUAGAUUCGGAAAUGCUUUCCAUUUGUGCCGUGAGAUUCUUCGUUUAACGAAACUAAUUAUCGACUCUCACGUUCAGUAUCGUUUAAAUAACGUUGACGCGUUCCAAUUAGCUGAUGGACUGCAGUACAUUUUUGCCCACGUUGGUCAAUUAACUGGAAUGUAUCGGUACAAAUAUAAAUUGAUGAGACAAAUCAGAAUGUGCAAAGAUUUGAAACAUUUGAUCUACUAUCGUUUCAAUACGGGCCCAGUCGGGAAGGGACCUGGAUGCGGAUUUUGGGCACCCGGUUGGAGAGUAUGGCUUUUCUUCAUGAGAGGAAUUACUCCAUUACUGGAAAGAUGGUUAGGAAAUCUGUUGUCUAGGCAAUUCGAGGGUCGUCAUUCCAAAGGUGUUGCAAAGACUGUAACGAAGCAACGAGUGGAGUCACACUUCGAUCUUGAAUUGAGAGCAUCGGUAAUGCACGAUAUUGUGGAUAUGAUGCCAGAGGGAAUUAAGCAAAAUAAGGCACGAACGAUUCUUCAACAUCUUAGUGAAGCAUGGAGGUGUUGGAAAGCGAAUAUUCCUUGGAAAGUUCCUGGAUUACCAAUACCAAUCGAAAAUAUGAUCCUUCGUUACGUUAAAAUGAAGGCAGACUGGUGGACUAACACCGCUCAUUAUAACCGAGAACGUAUCAGGCGUGGAGCAACUGUGGAUAAGACUGUUUGUAAAAAGAAUCUUGGACGUCUCACUCGACUUUACCUUAAGGCCGAACAAGAACGACAACACAAUUACUUGAAGGAUGGUCCAUACAUCUCUCCGGAGGAAGCUGUAGCUAUAUAUACCACGACCGUGCAUUGGUUAGAAUCCAGAAGAUUUGCUCCUAUACCUUUCCCACCAUUAUCUUACAAACACGAUACUAAACUUUUGAUAUUAGCUUUGGAACGUUUGAAGGAAGCGUACAGCGUCAAAUCGAGGUUGAAUCAAAGUCAGCGCGAAGAACUUGGCUUGAUAGAACAAGCGUACGAUAAUCCACACGAAGCUCUCUCUAGAAUCAAGCGUCAUCUUCUGACGCAAAGAGCGUUCAAAGAGGUUGGAAUAGAAUUCAUGGAUCUGUACAGUCAUCUGAUUCCCGUUUACGACGUCGAGCCCCUCGAGAAAAUCACGGAUGCUUACUUGGAUCAGUAUCUAUGGUACGAAGCGGACAAGCGAAGAUUGUUCCCUCCUUGGGUGAAACCCUCCGAUACAGAACCACCACCACUAUUGGUGUACAAAUGGUGUCAGGGUAUUAACAAUUUACAAGACGUUUGGGACGUCAGCGAGGGAGAAUGUAACGUAUUGUUGGAAUCAAAGUUUGAGAAACUGUACGAGAAGAUCGAUCUUACGUUGUUGAACAGGCUUCUCAGAUUGAUCGUGGAUCACAACAUUGCCGAUUACAUGACUGCAAAGAACAACGUCGUCAUAAAUUACAAAGAUAUGAACCACACGAACAGUUACGGAAUAAUUCGAGGGUUACAGUUCGCCUCGUUCAUUGCGCAGUACUAUGGAUUGGUAUUGGACUUGUUGGUUCUUGGAUUGCAAAGAGCCAGCGAAAUGGCUGGUCCUCCGCAGAUGCCGAACGAUUUCUUGACCUUCCAGGACGUGGCUUCAGAAACGGCACAUCCGAUCAGAUUAUAUUGUAGAUACGUGGACAGGAUACAUUUAUUCUUGAGAUUUUCCGCCGACGAAGCGAGAGAUCUCAUUCAGAGGUACUUGACCGAGCAUCCAGAUCCCAACAACGAAAAUAUUGUUGGUUAUAAUAAUAAGAAGUGUUGGCCCCGGGAUGCACGAAUGCGACUCAUGAAGCACGACGUUAAUUUGGGUCGCGCCGUGUUCUGGGACAUCAAGAAUCGUUUACCUCGUUCCACUACCACGAUACAAUGGGAGAACAGUUUCGUUAGCGUGUACAGCAAAGACAAUCCAAAUCUGCUAUUCAACAUGAGUGGAUUCGAGUGCAGAAUUCUACCAAAAUGCAGAACCACUCAUGAAGAGUUCACACACAGAGACGGUGUGUGGAACUUACAAAACGAAAUCACGAAGGAGAGAACUGCUCAAUGCUUUUUGAGGGUGGACGACGAGAGUCUGCAACGAUUCCACAACAGAGUCAGACAAAUUCUGAUGGCAUCUGGUUCCACCACGUUCACAAAGAUCGUCAACAAAUGGAACACAGCAUUGAUAGGUCUGAUGACUUACUUCCGUGAAGCUGUAGUUAAUACACAAGAGCUGUUAGAUCUGCUGGUGAAGUGCGAGAAUAAAAUCCAGACGCGUAUCAAGAUCGGACUUAACUCCAAGAUGCCUUCGCGUUUUCCUCCGGUCGUGUUUUACACACCGAAGGAGUUGGGUGGACUCGGUAUGCUUUCCAUGGGACACGUACUGAUACCCCAGUCCGACUUACGGUGGUCGAAACAAACCGACGUUGGUAUCACUCAUUUCCGUUCGGGUAUGAGUCACGACGAGGAUCAACUGAUUCCCAAUUUGUAUCGGUACAUUCAACCCUGGGAGUCGGAGUUCAUAGACUCGCAGCGAGUAUGGGCGGAGUACGCGUUGAAGCGUCAAGAAGCCAACGCGCAAAAUCGCAGACUUACCUUGGAAGAUUUGGAGGAUAGUUGGGAUCGUGGUAUUCCUAGGAUAAAUACAUUGUUCCAGAAGGACAGACACACUCUUGCGUACGACAAGGGUUGGAGGAUACGUACUGAGUUUAAACAGUAUCAGGUCUUGAAGCAGAAUCCAUUCUGGUGGACACAUCAACGACACGACGGUAAACUAUGGAACCUGAACAAUUACAGAACCGAUAUGAUUCAGGCUCUUGGAGGUGUCGAGGGUAUUUUGGAGCACACGCUGUUCAAAGGAACGUACUUCCCAACUUGGGAAGGUCUUUUCUGGGAAAAGGCAUCUGGAUUCGAAGAAUCUAUGAAAUACAAGAAAUUAACGAACGCCCAGAGAUCAGGUUUGAACCAAAUUCCAAACCGUCGAUUUACUUUAUGGUGGUCACCGACUAUCAACAGGGCAAACGUAUACGUCGGUUUCCAGGUACAAUUGGAUCUGACUGGAAUAUUCAUGCACGGUAAAAUUCCAACUCUAAAGAUUUCUCUGAUUCAAAUAUUCAGAGCCCAUUUAUGGCAAAAGGUGCACGAGUCGAUUGUUAUGGACCUUUGUCAGGUAUUCGAUCAGGAAUUGGAUGCACUAGAAAUCGAAACUGUUCAGAAGGAAACUAUACAUCCUAGAAAAUCAUACAAAAUGAAUUCUUCUUGUGCCGACAUUUUACUAUUCUCUGCUUAUAAAUGGAACGUCUCUAGGCCAUCUUUGCUCGCGGAUUCAAAAGAUCUUAUGGAUAACACUACCACACAGAAAUAUUGGAUAGACGUACAACUUAGGUGGGGAGACUACGAUUCACAUGACAUUGAAAGAUACGCUAGAGCGAAAUUUUUAGAUUAUACGACGGACAAUAUGUCCAUUUAUCCAUCACCGACAGGAUUACUUAUCGCUAUUGAUUUGGCAUAUAAUUUACAUAGUGCGUAUGGCAACUGGUUCCCAGGAUGUAAGCCUCUCAUACAGCAGGCGAUGGCAAAAAUAAUGAAAGCUAACCCUGCUUUGUAUGUACUGCGAGAACGUAUCAGGAAAGCGCUGCAACUUUACUCUUCAGAACCCACGGAACCGUACUUGUCCUCGCAAAAUUACGGAGAACUCUUCUCUAAUCAAAUUAUUUGGUUCGUCGACGAUACCAACGUCUAUCGUGUUACAAUUCACAAAACGUUCGAGGGUAAUUUAACCACGAAGCCUAUAAACGGUGCGAUUUUCAUCUUCAACCCUCGUACCGGUCAGCUGUUCUUGAAGAUCAUUCACACGUCUGUUUGGGCUGGUCAAAAGCGUUUAGGUCAAUUGGCAAAGUGGAAAACUGCUGAGGAAGUAGCCGCACUUAUUCGUUCGUUACCGGUGGAAGAACAACCGAAGCAAAUCAUUGUAACCAGAAAGGGAAUGUUGGAUCCUUUGGAAGUGCACUUGCUCGACUUCCCUAAUAUUGUGAUCAAAGGGUCGGAGCUGCAGUUACCGUUCCAGGCUUGCUUGAAGGUCGAGAAGUUUGGUGACUUAAUCUUGAAAGCUACGGAACCGCAGAUGGUGUUGUUCAAUUUAUACGAUGACUGGUUGAAAACCAUCUCAUCAUACACGGCAUUUUCGCGUUUAAUUUUAAUUCUCCGUGCAUUGCACGUUAAUACCGAAAGAACAAAGGUUGUACUGAAACCUGAUAAGACAACCAUCACGGAACCCCAUCACAUAUGGCCCUCUUUAACAGACGACGAGUGGAUCAAGGUUGAAGUACAAUUGAAAGAUUUAAUAUUGGCUGAUUAUGGUAAAAAGAAUAAUGUGAACGUCGCAUCGUUGACUCAGUCAGAAAUUCGAGAUAUCAUUUUGGGUAUGGAAAUCAGUGCACCGUCCGCGCAACGUCAGCAGAUCGCCGAGAUAGAAAAGCAGACAAAAGAACAGUCGCAGCUUACGGCGACGACUACGAGAACCGUGAACAAACACGGAGACGAAAUCAUUACUGCGACAACCUCCAACUACGAAACGCAAACGUUCAGUUCGAAAACCGAGUGGCGCGUAAGAGCGAUUUCUGCUACGAAUUUACAUCUCAGAACGAACCACAUUUACGUAUCGUCGGACGACAUCAAAGAAACUGGUUACACUUAUAUUUUACCGAAAAAUGUACUCAAGAAAUUUGUUACUAUAUCGGAUUUACGAGCGCAGAUUGCAGGGUAUUUGUAUGGUAUUAGUCCACCGGAUAAUCCACAAGUUAAAGAAAUUAGGUGUAUAGUUAUGGCUCCUCAGUGGGGAACUCAUCAAACGGUUCACUUACCCAACACGCUUCCAAAUCACCAGUACCUGAAGGAAAUGGAACCCCUGGGUUGGAUACACACUCAGCCGAACGAAUUACCACAGUUAUCGCCACAGGAUAUAUCCACCCACGCCAGAAUAAUGGCGGAAAAUCCAAUCUGGGACGGAGAAAAGACUAUCGUUAUAACUUGCAGUUUUACUCCGGGAUCUUGUUCCCUUACGGCAUACAAAUUAACGCCUAGUGGUUUCGAAUGGGGAAAACAAAAUACUGACAAAGGAAACAAUCCCAAAGGUUAUUUGCCUAGCCAUUACGAAAAAGUACAAAUGCUCUUGUCCGAUCGUUUCCUCGGAUUCUUCAUGGUUCCCAGUCAAGGAUCCUGGAAUUACAACUUCAUGGGAGUAAGACACGAUCCCAACAUGAAAUACGAGCUUCAGUUGGCGAAUCCGAAAGAAUUUUAUCACGAGAUUCACAGGCCAGCUCACUUCUUGAACUUCUCGAGUUUGGAGGAUGGAGAAGGAGUAGGGGCCGAUCGGGAAGAUGUAUUUGCUUAAAGAAGAAAAAAAGCUUUAAGAGAGACAUUGUGUUUACAGGGAUGAACAGUCUUUUCCUUCUUUUUCCCUUGAAGUGUACUAGUAGAAUACAAGUUUUUUAUCGAAUAAUCUACACAUAGGCGUUGCGUUACUUUUACGACCGCGGGUCUUCAAAUACAUAACUUUUGAUUGAUAGAUGAAUUACAUGCAUAUAAUAGUAUUACGUUGAACAUUGAUUAUUUUGUACUAUAUUUUAAUAUCUCUUUAUAAUAAAAUACAUGUAUUGUAUGUGUGCGUGUACGCGUGCGUGUGUAUGUGUCUGUGUGCGUGCGUGGGCACUUGCGUAUGCAAAUUAAAUACAUAAGAAAAAUGUACAAAAUUUUCAAAUACUUGACAUCGUAAAAAUAGCGAAUAACAUAGAUCUUAAGAUACACGA